AUGAGCUGGUUUUGGGGAAACAAAAGCAACAGCGACAGUAAAGAUGCGCUGAACAAUCUGGACCCGUCGCUGCGAGAGUUUCUGGACAAGGAAUCCAAGACGCGACAACAGCAACAGCAGCAGCAACCCACACAACUACCACAAGAGGCUCCUUCAUAUCGCGCACAGAUUGGCAUCACCGAAGACCAACCAUCACAAUCCACACAGUCUCAAACAGACGAGAACGCAGCACCGCCGCAAUCACUUUUUCAAGAUGGCAGAUAUGCCCACCUCUGGAAGAACUACCGUUCGCAAGAACAAAUCGAGCAAGCCGGACGCAGCGAGAGCGAACAACUAUCCGAUGUCAUCGACACAUACAACGACCGCAAAGCCAGAGUCGCCCGAGCGGCGCUCGAAAACUGCGCAAUGGAGCAAUGGGCCGAGCACGAGUGUUUCGAGAACGGCGGCAUCAAGGGAAAGCUGUACCUCUGCAAGGAGCCCACCCGCGCAUUCAACCGCUGCUACACCAUGCAGGCGCGUUUCCUCAAGGCUCUGGGAUACAUGAGCAUGCAACGCACUGUCGACGAGGAAGAGCGCAUCCAAAUGCACGCAGACAAACUAUAUCACGAAAUGUUGGAUCGUGAGAAGGCCAUGAAAGAGGCCGAGGAGAAGAAGCUGCCCGCACCAGAGUUCAAGCCGCUCAUCACAAGCACGUCGACCACCGAGAUCCUGGGAGUGCGACAACCGGUUGCACAACCACAGGAAACAAGAGAAGGAUUGGACAUGUACACGGGAGAAAAGCGCAAAGCUAUUGAACAAUCUCUAGCGGAUAAGAAGGAUGCUGAGCGUGAGCUUGAAAUUCAGCUCAUGGCUGCCGAGGCAAGAGCAAACGCAGAGUAUGCCGCUGUCGUCCAUGAGCACUAUGAAGCAGAGAAGAAGGUGCGCGAAAGCAGAAGGGAACGUGGUAGAGAGACAGUCGGAGAUAGCAUCAAGAGAGCUUGGGGCUGGGACUCGAAGUGA